UGCGCGCGCCCGCAUCCAUGCACCCGCGUGCGCUGAACCCACUGCUCCUAAUUCACAGCAGCAGCGGAGCGAGAGGCCGAGAGAAGCGCCAGGAAACCAACACAAAUAAAGACUCGACUACAACCUGUGGAAAGAGUGAGGAGCAACAUCUGGACGAAUUCUAGCACCAGCGAUUUAAAAAACACCUCCAGGAACAGAGCAGGAGAAGACUUCAUUUUGACAGGGUCUCCUUACUGCCACAUUCUCCUGCAUUUUUCUUCCAAGAGGAGCAUUGGGGCGUUAGGAACCGUGGCUGACCUGCGGCCAUGCAUCACUUAAGGACUACAGUUGCGAGGCUUGGGCCUUUAGCUGCUGCACAGACAGCCCAGAUUGCGCCACAGUCCCAACUGUUGGCGCUGGAAGGAGGCACAAGGACGUUUCAGCCUGUGAGGAGCCUGAGUGCGACUGUGGCUGCUGAACCUUUUCUCAACGGAACCAGCUCCAACUAUGUGGAGGAGAUGUACUACGCCUGGCUGGAGGAUCCUAGGAAUGUGCAUAAGUCUUGGGAUAUUUUUUUUCGGAACGCAAACGCUGGAGCGCCGCCCGGUGCGGCGUACCAAAGCCCUCCACCACUCAGCAGGCCUUCUGACGGAACGACGGGCGCCCGGGCGUUGGUGGGAGCUCAGCCCAAUGUGGAGAAACUGGUGAAAGACCACCUGGCGGUGCAGUCGCUGAUUAGAGCCUACCAGGUACGGGGCCAUCACAUAGCCAAGCUGGACCCCCUCGGUAUCAGCUGUGUGGACUUCGAUGACGCUCCGUGUACUGUUGGCUUUCAAAAUGUUGGUUUGUACGGCCUGACUGAGGGUGACCUGGACAAAGUGUUCCGGCUCCCUGCCAGCACUUUCAUUGGCGGCAAUGACAGCGCUCUACCACUCAGAGAGAUCAUUCGCCGCCUUGAGAUGGCCUACUGUCAGCAUAUCGGGGUGGAGUUCAUGUUCAUAAAUGACUUGGAGCAGUGCCAGUGGAUCCGGCAAAAGUUCGAAACUCCAGGAAUCAUGCAGUUUUCCUUGGAAGAGAAAAGGACUCUGCUGGGCAGGAUGAUCCGCUCCACCAGGUUUGAGGAGUUCCUUCAGAGGAAGUGGUCUUCAGAGAAACGCUUCGGCUUGGAAGGCUGUGAGUCGCUCAUCCCGGCCCUGAAGACCAUCAUCGACCGGUCCAGUCAGUGCGGAGUGGAGAGCGUGAUCCUGGGAAUGCCUCACAGAGGGAGGCUGAACGUUCUGGCCAAUGUUAUCCGGAAAGACCUAGAUCAAAUCUUCUGUCAGUUCGAUUCCAAGCUGGAGGCUGCUGACGAGGGCUCAGGAGAUGUGAAAUAUCAUUUAGGCAUGUAUCACAGGAGGAUGAACCGAGUCAGUGACAGGUACAUCACCCUGUCGCUCAUGGCCAACCCGUCCCACCUGGAGGCCGUGGAUCCAGUGGUGCAGGGGAAGACCAAAGCUGAGCAGUUUUACUCUGGAGACACCGAGGGGAAGAGGGUGAUGUCUAUUCUGCUCCACGGAGAUGCUGCGUUCGCAGGCCAGGGAAUUGUGUACGAGACGUUCCACCUUUCAGACCUGCCGUCCUACACCACCCAUGGCACCAUCCAUGUGGUGGUGAACAACCAGAUUGGAUUUACCACAGACCCCAGGAUGGCCCGCUCAUCUCCAUACCCAACAGAUGUGGCCCGAGUCGUGAAUGCGCCGAUCUUCCACGUCAACGCAGACGACCCGGAGGCCGUGAUGUUUGUGUGCAACGUAGCGGCAGAGUGGAGGAACACGUUCCAUAAGGACGUUGUUGUAGAUCUGGUUUCCUACAGGCGUAACGGCCACAAUGAGAUGGAUGAGCCGAUGUUCACCCAGCCGCUGAUGUACAAGCAGAUAAAGAAGCAGAAAGGAGUCUUGCAGAAGUUUGUAGAAAAGCUUGUUGCUGAAGGAGUCGUCACAACACAACACUACAAGGGGGAAGUGGCUCGAUACGACAAAAUCUGUGAGGAUGCUUUUGCUCAUUCCAAAGACGAGAAGAUCCUCCACAUCAAACACUGGCUGGACUCUCCCUGGCCAGGUUUUUUCACUCUGGAUGGUCAACCUAAAACUAUGAGCUGUCCUUCCACUGGUAUUCGAGAAGAUGAGCUCUGUCACAUUGGAAACGUCGCAGCCUCUGUCCCGGUGGAAGAUUUCAUGAUACAUGGAGGGUUGAGUCGUAUUCUGAAGGGACGCACACAUAUGGUGAGCCAGCGAGUGUGUGACUGGGCCCUCGGAGAGUACAUGGCCUUUGGCUCUCUGCUCAAAGAAGGCAUCCACGUGCGUCUCAGCGGACAGGAUGUAGAGAGGGGGACGUUCAGCCAUCGACAUCACGUUCUCCACGACCAGAACGUGGAUAAGAGGAUCUGCAUCCCGAUGAACUCCAUCUCCCCUGAUCAGGCUCCCUACACCGUGUGCAACAGCUCCCUGUCUGAGUACGGAGUCCUGGGUUUUGAGCUCGGCUUCGCCAUGGCCAGUCCCAACGCUCUGGUACUGUGGGAGGCCCAGUUCGGAGACUUUCACAACACGGCCCAGUGUAUCAUUGACCAGUUCAUCAGCUCUGGACAGGCCAAGUGGGUCAGACAGAACGGCAUAGUGCUGCUGCUGCCGCACGGCAUGGAGGGCAUGGGUCCAGAACAUUCAUCUGCCCGUCCUGAGAGGUUCCUACAGAUGUGCAAUGACGACCCAGAUGUUUUUCCUAAAGUCACAGGGGACUUUGCGGUGCAUCAGCUUUAUGACUGUAACUGGAUCGUGGCCAACUGCUCCACUCCUGCAAACUACUUCCAUGUCCUGCGCAGGCAGAUCCUGCUGCCCUUCAGGAAGCCUCUCAUCGUGUUUACGCCAAAGUCGCUGUUGCGCCAUCCAGAGGCCAAAUCGAGCUUUGAUGACAUGCUGCCUGGUACCCACUUCCAGCGCCUCAUCCCGGAUGAGGGGCCGGUAGCUGUUGGCCCCCAGAACGUGAAGAGAGUCGUUUUCUGCGCAGGCAAGAUUUACUAUGACCUCAUCAGAGAGCGUAAGAGCAGAGGCCUGGAGGAUGCCGUCGCCGUCGUCCGCAUCGAGCAGCUGUCUCCGUUCCCCUUUGACCUGGUGAAAGCUGAGGCUGAUCGGUACCAGAACGCCGAUCUGGUUUGGUGUCAGGAGGAGCAUAAGAACCAGGGUUACUACGACUACGUCAAGCCCCGCCUCCGUACAACAAUGAACCGCACGCGCCCCAUCUGGUAUGCUGGCCGUGAGCCCGCUGCAGCUCCAGCCACUGGAAACAAACACACUCACCUGACGGAGCUUCAGCGUUUAUUGGACGCAGCCUUCGAUCUGGACACUUCCCCACGGAAACUGUAACGGCCCCAGAACACCACA